UCCCGUGGUUAAGCCCACCACGGUUCGGCUGAUUUUGUCUAUCGCCGUGUCCAGGGGAUGGCAGCUCCAUCAAGUUGAUGUGUAAAAUGCAUUUCUCCACGGCGAUAUUCAGGAGGAGGUAUACAUGUAUCAGCCGCCAGGAUACGUUGACAAAGAUUUUCCACACCAUGUGUGUCGUUUUCAGAAAUCCCUCUAGGGACUCAAGCAGUCACCAAGGGCCUGGUAUUCCAAACUUAGCUCCAAGCUUCAGUCUUUGGGGUUUGUUCCAUCGAAGGCAGACACCUCCUUGUUCGUGUUUGUUCACAGGCAAGUGAUCAUCUAUAUGCUUAUCUAUGUCGACGAUAUCAUCAUUACUGGGUCAUGCAAGCAGGCAGUGAACAGAUUGAUGAAACAACUAAGUGAUUCGUUUGCAGUAAAGGACUUGGGUAAGCUGUCAUUCUUUCUUGGUGUUGAGGUGACUGAUACAGAUAAUGGUGUGGCGCUGACUCAAGCCAAGUAUGCAGCUGAUCUACUUCAGAAAGUAAACAUGAUCAACUGCAAGGAUAUCUCAACACCAAUGUCAUCUUCAGAGAAGAUCAGCAGAAAUUCUGGAACUUUGCUGACUGAUGAUUCAGCGUUUAUGUAUAGGAGUACAGUGGGCGCAUUGCAGUACCUUUGCUUAACUCGGCCAGAUAUUUCAUUUGCGGUAAAUCGAGUGUGCCAGUUUCUAGCUGCUCCUACUGAUGUACAUUGGUCAGCAGUCAAAAGAAUUUUGCGAUAUGUCAAAGGGACAGUAAAUAUGGGCUUACAGAUUCAGAGGUCAUCGUCAACAGAAUUGAGCGUGUAUACAUACGCGGACUCGGCUGGAUGCCCAGAUGAUCGUAGAUCGACUGGUGGCUAUGCCGUUUUCUAUGGACCCAAUCUAGUGUCAUGGAGUUCACGGAAGCAGCCAACUGUUAGUCGUUCAAGCACGGAGGCGGAGUAUAAAGCCAUUGCAAAUGGAACGGCUGAAGUCAUUUGGUUGCAGUCAGUUCUCAGGGAACUAGGAGUGUUUCAGCCUCAGCCACCGACUUUGUGGUGUGAUAAUCUUGGGGCUACGUUCCUCACUGCUAAUCCGAUGUUUCACGCUCGAAUGAAGCACAUAGAAAUCGACUUUCACUUUGUACGUGAGAAGGUCGCUGCAGGGGCUCUGAAGGUGCAGUUUAUUUCAUCUCAAGAUCAGUUAGCAGAUAUCUUUACCAAGGCUCUCUCGCGGGACGUCUUCGAUCGACUGAAGUUUGAUCUGUGUCUAGCCAGUGUCGAUGUCGACAUGGUGGCAGCUCCUGCCACGGUCGUGCUGGAGGCAAUGGUCCCUGAGACCCGCUUCGCCGGUGAACGGUGA